GUUGGCAGCUGCAUGUAUUGUGUGUCCUAUUCUGAAUCCAUCUGAAAGGCUUUAUCAUAUUAGGCUACCUCUAUAGGUUAUUAUCAUCAAAAGACACAGAGCGGGCAGUCGAGGCUCUGCGAGUUUGUAGACUAACCACAAAGAAAAGGAGAAAGAAAAUAAUGUAAUGAGUCUGGUCCAUGUGUAGGUCUACCUCGCCUAGACAACUCCAUGGUCCCUGCGCUUCCAACAUGUGCCUAUUGUGCGCAUUACCAAGGAUGCACACACGCAGAGGACAGUACGCGCCCCUGGAUGCGAGCUGCUGAAGUCGCAGCCACUCCACUCCAUGUUUUGCCCUGCCCUUGUGCGCUCUGCUCGCUGUGCAGCGUGUCUCCGUUUCAUUUUGCUUUCCUCGCACUGACACACACACACAGGGCUGCCGUGUGUGCGGGAGAAGUUGUUGGCACAGAGAGCACCAGCAGCAACUGUCUCUUCAAACGGAUUUGUUCAAGCUGGGAGCAAUCGGACUCACCGGGAUCCUCUUUUCGAGGGGAAGAGACGAAGCUUUUUGCAAUGAGGUGGACGUAUCAGAAUCUUAAGUGAGGAGUGAUUUUUUUUGUUUUGUUUUUUGUUUCAGUGAACAUCUGACAUCCCGCUCACUGGAGAAAUCUUUCGAUCAGCCUUUUUUGGAUUUCUUUCUCUGACGGAGCUCGCAUUUCCCUGUGAAACAUUAUCAAGGAUUUCACUGAUGUGUGCGAUGUGGAGACUGCAAGUCGCCUUAUGUACUCUGUCGGUGCUGUCCCUGUCAUUUGGUGGUGAAAGCAAAGCGCGGAGCUGCAGCGAGGUUAGACAAGCAUAUAACGCUAAAGGAUUCAGCCUUGUCAAUGUACCUCAUCAGGAAAUAUCAGGUGAGCACCUGCGUGUCUGUCCUCAGGGAUACACCUGCUGCACAUCCGAGAUGGAGGACAAACUCAACCAGCAGAGCAAACUGGAGUUUGAGAACUUGGUCGAGGAUAGCAGCCACAAUAUGAGGACGACAUUUGUCUCGAGGCAUAAAAAGUUUGAUGAGUUUUUCUUGGAGCUGCUGGACAAUUCUGAGAAGUCUCUCAACAGCAUGUUCACACGGACGUACGGGAAGCUGUAUAUGCAGAACUCAGAGGUUUUCGAGGACUUGUUCACUGAGCUAAAGCGCUACUACACGGGGGGCAAUGUCAACCUGGAGGAGAUGCUGAAUGACUUCUGGGCUAGGCUGCUGGAGCGCAUGUUCCAGUUACUCAACUCCCAGUACCACUUCACAGAUGACUACCUGGAGUGUGUCAGUAAAUACACAGAUCAGCUAAAGCCCUUUGGAGACGUGCCCAGGAAACUGAAGGCCCAGGUCACAAGGGCCUUCAUUGCUGCACGGACAUUUGUUCAGGGGCUAAUGGUGGGUCGGGAAGUCGCCAACAGGGUCGCCAAGGUGAAUGUAGUUCCAGCAUGUGUCAGAGCCUUGACCAAAAUGCUGUACUGUCCAUACUGUCGCGGCAUGCCUGGGCUGAAACCCUGUCACAACUACUGUCACAACGUUAUGAGGGGCUGUCUGGCGAACCAGGCAGACCUGGAUGCUGAAUGGAACCUCUUCAUUGAUGCUAUGUUGCUGGUGGCAGACAGACUGGAGGGACCCUUCAACAUCGAAGCACUUAUAGAGCCAAUAGACAUCAAGAUCUCAGAGGCUAUCAUGACCAUGCAGGACAACAGCAUGCAAGUGUCAGCCAAGGUUUUUCAAGGGUGUGGCCAACCAAAACCUUCAGGAAUAGGCAGGUCUACGCGUGGCAUAUCGGAUAUGUUCAGUGCUCGUUUCAGACCCUACACCCCUGAGGAAAGACCGACCACAGCUGCUGGGACAAGCCUGGAUAGAUUGGUGAUUGAGAUCAAAGAGAAGCUGAGGGAGUCCAAGAGGUUCUGGUCCAACCUGCCAGAUGACAUCUGUGCCAUGGAGAAGCUCUCAGAGUCGGAUGAGGAGCAGUGCUGGAACAGCCACACGAAGGGCAGAUAUUUCCCUGAAGUGGUGAAGGAGGGUCUAACCAACCAGGUUAACAACCCAGAGGUGGAUGUGGAUAUCACCAGGCCUGACACACUGAUUCGACAGCAAAUCAUGGCUUUGCGUGUCAUGACCAACAAGCUGAAGAAUGCUUACAAUGGGAAUGACAUCUACUUUCAGGACUCCAGUGAUGAAGGCAGCAGUUCUGGCAGCGGCAGCGGCUGCUCUGACGGCUGCACAACAGAGUUUGUUUUUGUUGGAACAGACGCUCCUGUGGUCGGAGCUGACAGAAGCGACGAACGAGCAGCUGCAGCAGGCAAGUCACUUUCACACGGGCCGUCCCUACUGCUGGUGAUGGCUGCCCUCACACUCCCGCUCUGGGCAUUGCAGACUAGAUGGAGAUAAUACAUGAGUGUGGCCUGAUCACUGACUUUUAUACUGUUGCAUACAGUAUGUUUAACAGCACGUUCUACUGCUGUUCCCUCACUGGACAUGUAGAACCUCCUGGAAACCUGUUGAGAAUGGCUUACUGUAUGGU